AUGUACACCUCAGCCCAUUAUGAAAUGCUGACCCUGCCAGUGCCAAUGGCAGAAUUGCUCAAUGCUGGUGGCUCUCUUGCCUUUGAUGUUGUGAGACUUUCCGGGCAGGGUGAUUGCAUCUCCUGGUGUUGGCUUUUGCUUUUGGUGCUGUCUGCUCUGGAGGCCUCUGCCCUGGACAGCUACACCACAGCCAUCUACGAGCACAACGUGGUUUUGUCAGAGGACACUGAAGUUUCUCCUGAGGGGGCCUUGACGCUGAUGGACAAAAAGAUGGCAAUUUUGGAAGCAGCCAUCAAAGAAGCAGCCAAACAAGGUGCCCAUAUCAUUGUGACUCCUGAAGAUGGCAUUUACGGCUGGGUCUUCACAAGGGAAACAAUAUACCCUUACCUGGAGGAUAUCCCAGACCCACAGGUGGACUGGAUUCCGUGUGCUGAUCCUGGAAGGUUUGCUCCCUCACCUGUGCUGGAAAGACUGAGCUGUCUGGCGAGGAAUAACUCCCUCUAUGUGGUUGCAAAUAUAGGAGACAAGAAGCUGUGUAACUCCAGUCAUCCAAGGUGCCCAAGUGAUGGUCAUUAUCAGUACAAUACCAACGUUGUCUUUGACUCAGAAGAGAAACUGGUGGCUCGUUAUCACAAGUACAACCUUUUUGUGACAGAAAAACAGUUUAAUUACCUCAAGGAUCCAAAAUUUGUGACUUUCAACACAUCCUUUGGCUACUUUGGCAUUUUCACUUGUGCAGACAUACUCUAUCAUGACACAGCUGUGGUCUUGGCAAGCAGAUUUCAGGUUGACACCAUUCUGUUCCCAACUGCUUGGGUUAACACUCUUCCACUGUUGUCAGCGGUCCAGUUUCACUCAGCGUGGGCCAUGGGGAUGGGCGUCAACUUUCUUUCAGCAAAUAUGUCUUUCUGAUGUUACGUGUUUGCUGGGAGUGGUAUUUAUGCCCCAGAUGGUCCGAGAGCAUAUUAUUACAAUACAGAAACAGAAAAUGGUCACCUUUUGGUGACAGAACUGAGUUGACACCCACGUCUCUCUCCUGACUAUCCUGCUGCUGUUAACUGGAAAUUGCACGCCAGCGGGAUGAAACAGCUUCCACCAAACAGCCACCACUUCAGUGGGGUCGUUUACCAUGAUCUCUUCUCCUUCAUGGAGCUGACUGAACCCAAGGGAGAUCGUGCCGUUUGCCAGCAGGACCUCUGCGGCCAUCUGAGUUACAAGAUGGCAGAGAAGCAGAAAGCCUUUGAUGGGCUACAUGUUGUUGAAGGAGAGUAUUAUUUGCAGAUAUGCACGCUGCUCAAGUGCAAGAGCACAGAUCCAAACACGUGUGGGCAGCCGGUGGAGACGGCACAGACCAAGUUUGAGAUGUUCUCCCUCAGCGGCACGUUUGGCACUAACUACGUCUUUCCAGAGUCUUUGCAGCUGGCUCCUGGGGAGUUCAAGGUGCUAACUGAUGGACGUCCAAUAAGUCGGACUAGUACAUCAAAGCCAGUUUUGAGUGUAACACUCUUUGGGAGGUGGUAUGAAAAGGACCCUCCACGCACACAGCAAGCUUCACCAUGA